AUGGAUGUCCUUCUUAGUCAGUACGGCAUCAGCGUGGGUGGCAGCGACGCGCCCCGAUCUGCUGUCACAAGCGGAAACGCCUCGGUCGAAGAGCUGCAGCACGAACUUCACGAUAUCGUCGCCUCCAAGAGGAGUGAAACCCGCGCCGAGCACAUUUCCACCUCGCUCGAGCUGCGCAUGACUGCGGUCCUCAAUGUUCCGCAGGAACCAGAGCAACUGGCUGACAACCUCGAACAAUUGCUGGAGCCCAUGACCAGAACCGUUACUGUGUCCGAGACCGUCCUUAACCAACCUACCGACGACCCAAAGCUGCAGAGAUCCGUCGCAAAGUAUUUGGCAGGAAGCCUAGCAGUAGUUGAUGACAGUUUGUGGGCUGUGCGAUCCGUUUCGAGGACGGCGCAAGGAUGGUCAUUUAUCUAUCACUGCCAACACUCACUCCAGGCUUGGAACCGCCAGAAUGCCAAGAAGCCUGACCGACAACCCAUUGCAUCGUUCAGUGGCCCUGGAGGACUGGAUACGGUGAAUUUGUCCCGUCCUGCUUUUGACUGCCGCGGUACACUAUCAAUCUCUUUCUCUAAGAGCAGCAGAGCGAUUGUUGUAAAGUAUGAGCACACUCCUCUACACAAAACAGUUGCAGAACUUGUCGAACGGCUGCUGCCUACACUCCCGCCGCCGCCUGUACCAAACGUCAAUACACCCAAUGUUAGCCGGUCUGCAAAGGCCAAGCGUCCACCCCCUACAGACGGCGAGGAAAGCAGUCGUAAAAAGCCAAAGAAGAAGAAAAAGAAGAAGGGCACGGAUGAUGGCGAUGAAGCUGCCCAGCCCGGCAGCCAGGCGACUUCGCAGCCUCCAGAGGAGACUUCGAGCGGUUCUCAACCACCUAGUGCGCUGAAUAUUCCUCCACUCGAAGCUGCAAGGAGACGGGAGGUUGCCAAUAACCUAUUGAUGGAGCGGGGAAUCGACCCAGCGACCUUGUCUGAAGAGCAAUUUAGCAUCUUCUCGAAUCAAGCCCCCAAUCUGCAGGAAGCAUCACUUGAUAUGCUCGCUAAGUAUGGUGCCGAGCGUCUGAGGAUUGUUCAUCCUGAUGAGAAGGGACCGUCGGCUCCUGCGUCAUCGACUCCAGCUCAACAAGUUUCUGUUGGCGAUGGAACUGAUAGCGCUUCUGCUACUGCUACGGAAACACCCACCAAAAAGAGAAAGCCUCGUGCCAAAAAGUCCGACGCCGUGGUUGUCGAGGACGCGGGCGAUGAGGGGCCUGCAGUCGCUUCCGCAUCAAAACGCGAUAGGAAAACCCGUGGUACGUGCAAUACUUGCAAGCUGGCUAAGCGGAAGUGUACAAAAGAGCACCCUCAGUGCUCCGUCUGCGAGGAGCUCGGAGAGACUUGUGUCUACCUACCUCCAAAGCCUCGAAAGAAGUUAGGCAUUUCCGCAGAUGUGGCUGUGGACGAGGACGACGACUCGGAGGCUGUUGGUCAAGGCAGCACAGAGCAGUCUCUCUUGGAGCAUGUUGCUCCAACAGUUCAAGUACCACCAGCAGCGGCAGUCAGCCACGAUGAUGAUGAAUUUAUACCAGAUCCCAAUAUUCUUGCUGGCCCAACUCAACCAGGCGGCCCUCCGCCUUACUACCAUCAAGCCGAGGUCGCCGAACCCUCGCCUCAACCCUUACCACAACACCAUGAUGCGACCGGGCCAGGCCUCGACUAUCCUCAACCAGAAAUUCAUCAGGAAGUUCAUCACCAGGAAUUUGCCCAUGAUGUUGCGCAACAGCCGCAUCAUCAUUAUCCUGGCUUAACAUUCUCAAACACCCGCCCGGCUCAAGCAAGUCCGGAAAUCUCGUAUGCGACAACCAAGAAAUCAUCAACCCGACGAAAAGACGGCAACGCGCGACACAGCCUCCCCACCGCUCAGAGUUUAGAGCCUGCAAAAGCAAGUAAUGCAAGUGGUGUGAAUGCGUCCUCUACAACAAACUGGAGAAGGGGAACAAAUCAAUCGCCGGCAAUGAAUCAGCGGACCAGCACUGCUUCACCGACGUUGCCCCAGGCUCAACCACAGCCCAGCAAAGGAAGAUCGACAAGAAAAUCAGUGGCCGACCCAAGCGACUCACCAUUUGAUUCGUACCAAGCUGCUGCCGUACUUGCGCAGACGCCAAUUCCGGUGCCAGUCCCCCGUGUCGCUCAAUCGCCUGCUCUGAGUAGAUCCCCGUUCCAGACUGCGCAAAAGUCGCCUGCCCGCGCAAAGUCGAGACAAGGACAACGAUCCCAGAGUCGAACGCCAGUCACACAAACUCCGGUUCCGCCGCCCGUCAUUCCUACAGCCCACGCUGCACCAUCCACGCAGACAUUCGAUACCUCGACGCCUGCCUCUAGUGCUUCGAUUCCGGCGUACAAUCCAUUUGCCCGAUAUAACGGCACUGGCAAUGAUCAGUACUCGCAAUCUACUACGGCUGGCCAAUCGACUCGUAUUGCGUAUGAGCCUAAUACCUAUAACCAACAAACGAGCACAUCGACUUCAUCAAACGCGUACAACAACACAUCGUCCUACGGGUACAGUCGCGAUAACACUCAAAGCAAUCCUCUCAAUCAGGCGCUCCACGACUCAUCCGACUUUGGCAGUACAACAAACACCAAUAAUACAAAUCAGUGGCCAUCACAAACUCGGUCAAGUCGGUCCUCUGGAUUGUCGAACUCGUCGUCCAAUGCAUAUAAAACGACCGCCCCUGCGCAGGCCUCGUCUAACCAGCUCUAUGGAAGUCGGGCUUCACAGCACCAGACUGCAGCCCAUGGUUCUGACUAUAGCCAAUCGCCACAAACGCAGUCGUCCCAGAACCAACAUCAGCGACAGCAGUCCUAUGGUUCCUCUUACACGCAGCAAACGAGUGGGGACCAACAGAACCAAAACUGGUAUGGCUUUACGACGGCUAACAGCAACACUGACCAGACCAGCUACGGCACCGGCUCAAGGAAUGCAGGUUAUAACAUGGGCUCUUCAUCUGCCGGAUUCAAUCCCAAUGCCUAUGGACAAGACCUGUACGAGCUACUUAGAAACAGUGGCAAUCACUAA